ACAGAGCCAGCAGCCCCAAAAACGAGUACUACAAUAACUAGCUACCCCGCCAAGCACCACAGAGAGGCAAUGCCAGUGUGCCAGCCAGUGCCAAGUUGACGUUCAAGGAGUGAGGGUGUGCCGAGUGUGUGUUAGUGCCAGUCUAACAUUUGAAAGGCGCAAGUGGAGACGGGAAAAAAAUAAACUAGGGAAAAAAAAAAAGCAACAAGACCAGCGUAGCACAAGUUUUACCAGUUCAUCUCAAAAAGUUCCCAGACAGCCACCUCAAACUGAAGAUACCCAGAGUGAUUUUGAAACACUUCUACAUUGCACCUCUACUGUUUUCAAAAGGCUCUAGUUGAAUCUACACGGGUUUUUACGGGUGUUUUUUACUCUCGAGUGACGGAUUAACAAUAUAUCUACAUUAUUAACAGGAGAAACACUCUUGAGAACUCGGCUAGUCAUCUCUGUGGCCUUUGAAAAUAGUCGUGGUGAGAGAGCAGUGUUUCCAAGUACCUACCUCACAUCUUUGAAACACAAGUGGUUCCUGUUAAGUAAAGAACAUAGCACAAGUAACAUCCGAGAAAAAAAGGAAUAAAAGAGAACUGAAGUAAGAUCAUCACAAGAAACACGAGGAACUAUUAGUCAAAUUACAAGGCAGGUGUCAAAAUGCAGGUGUGUACAGGAGGGUGGCGUAAGCAGAUGUGCGUGGUUCUGGCCCUCACCUGCCUCUCGGUACCUGUUCACGCCCAGCCAGCAGCAGGCGUGCUGGAGUCGGACUCUCAGUGGUGGCAGGGCUGGCAUGAGAUGCCUGGGCCAGCGGUGACCAGGGAGCAGGUGAAUGUGACAGCCGUAGCCGGACAGACAGCAUCCCUCCCCUGCAGAGUGAUGAACCUUGGGGAUCGCACGGUGUCGUGGAUCAGGACUCAGGAUUCUGCUGUGCUGGCAGUCGACAGGACCACCAUCACCUCCGACCCCCGGUUCUCGGUGAACCACCCGGAGGAGACAGAGGACUGACUAUUGGAGGUCCAGGGGGUUGAGUCACGGGAUGAAGGCACCUACGACUGUCAGGUGAACACUCAUCCCAAGAUAUCCACUCAGGUGCACCUCAAAGUACUCAGCCACCCAGGACAGACAUCAAUACUCGAUAUGCCUGUUUCAGACACUGGAAUGCUCUUCCCUUCCCCAGGCGGCAGCAGAGGAGAGGCUGGAGACUUGAAGGUGCGAAUACUUGGGGAAAAGUGGGUGGAGCUGCCAGCCGGGUCAACGCUUCAUCUUGUGUGCCGGGCGACGGGCAGACUCCCCACAGGCAUGCACUACAGCCCCCCUCUGCUCUCCUGGACCAUUGAUGACUUUGCUAUCACCUCCGUGUGGCCACGCUCCAAGGUGUUGGUGAAGGAGACGGUGAGUGACCACUACCAGCACCAGGUGGACUCACUGCUGGUGGUGGCCGGCCUGCACCCAUCGGACAGCGGCACACUCUCCUGCUCGGCGCUGUCUGCACACCCUGCCACUGUAACCCUCACCGUCACACAGCCACUGCCGGGGGAGAGGAGGAAGGCCCCAACAUCAGCCUCAGGCCCCAGCAGCUGGCCCAGUGGGUGGAGGGACGGACUGCCGGCUCAGAGCCCUGCACAGUCGGAUGCCACGCCAGCGGUGGGCAGUGCAGCAACAGCUGUGCUCAGUGGCACCAUCAUUCUUAUCAUGCUUGUUCUUCAAGUUGGUCUUUGCAUUUUCUACACAAAACCUGAGGCGUUGUCAGCCGUUCUCCACACACACAGCCCUUCCCCCAGCUGAGGCAAGCACCCCACACACACCAACACCUGCCAUCACCACUGCAUCACACUGCCCUCCCAUCACUGCUGCUCCUUCCUCCUUACAACAGUACUUUCACCAUUAUAAUGUUAACUCACUUCAAUGAUAUUUAAUUGUCAAUAAAUAUUUUUGCCCUUUC